AUGGCAGAAGACCCUAAUCAGCUGAAAAACGUGUUGAAAGAGCGAGCGGUAGAGCUGUAUAACCUGUGCGACCAAGACGGAAAGGGCUAUAUCACGAAGAAUGAACUACAAAGCGUUAUCGCGGAAUUAGGCCUUCCUCUAGAUGCUACACAAGUUAAGCAGACUUUCAAUGAACUUGAUGAAGAUCAGAACGGCUACUUGACUUUAGAGGAGUUCACUGCAGGCUUUGGGUUAUUUCUGGGUAUUCGCUCAGACGAUGAAGGUAAUACCGAACUUGAGGAAAUCUCGUCAAUCAGCGACCCCGGUCGGGAAUUGUUUUACUUGUGUGACCCAGAAGGGAAGGGCUACAUCACGAAAGUCGACUUGGAACGGGUCGCCGAGGAUCUAAACUUGAAUUUCGAACAGCUUGAUUUUAUUUUCGAUAAGCUUGAUAUUGAUAAAAAUGGACGACUAACCAUGGACGAAUUUGUCGAAGGAUUUGGGACGUUUCUGAGUGGAGAUGGCAACGGUUCUACGGGACUCGAUUCUGCGAAACAAAACCUCGAUUUCAGCGAAGAAAAUUUUACGAAGAGCACAUUACAAACGGGACACGAUAUUUUCGAAAGUUUAGAGACUGGUCUCGCAUCGCCGACGCAUCCUUCAGAAGAAGCACUCUUUCGUGAAAUAGUGGAAAGCGUCGGAGAAGAUAUAUUCACGGGGUAAAGUCGCUAUAAUUUGUUAAUACGAUAGAUUGCCCUUUUUUAUUAGUCACAUUGCUUCAACUUUGAUUUAAUACGGUGUUUUGUUUGAACUUGCGCAUAUCAAAUUUGGCGCCUCGAAGAGCUUAGAAUAACAACUAAAGCUAUUAUUAUUGUGAUUACUCGCACUCUGAAAUUUGUUUUAAGAGGAGCUUGAGAGUAGAAAUUGGGAAAUUGUUUUCCUCAAGAAUAAUCACGGGCGACUAUGUUAAGUGGGGUUAUCAUGUUCUACCAAAUCCCCCCGGGUGAUGAAAUGAAAUGUUUGUUUACAUCUGUAUUUUCCCGCAAAAAAUUCGACGAUAUUUUGAUUGUAUUUCGAAUAGUUGAUCGUAAGUGUGAUAUCGUGUUACAUAAUGUUAUCAUCUGUUGCUUUUAUUACGCUUAAAGGCAUUAAGGAUACUUAAAAAAUCAUCGUUAACAAAAAGCGGAAAAAAUCUUUGUUAUAAUUAUUCAAGUCGGCAUUGUAAACAUUUAUUGUUGACUCAGCCUCACAUCACAUCAAACAAACUAGAUGUAAUUUCGUCCGAAAAGAGGGCACUGUCUUUGAUCCUCGUGUUUUAACACUACAUGGGAAAAAAAUAAAGCAAUUUUUGUUUCAAAUGAGAAUUUUCGUGCAAUUUUACUCUUCAUACUUUCGAGCGGUAGCCAUAUAAUAUUUUCUUGUUUGAUUAGUGCAUUUCUUACUGUCGGUGUAAAAAUUGCAAAAAAACAUUAGACACCUAAGUAUUAAUAAGUAAUUUGCUGCACCUGUUAAGACUAAAUCAUAUCAUCCUGAUUUCAUUUUUUAUUCCCACAGAGUAAUAAUUUGACAUGAUAUUUAAAAUCUAAUCAUCAAGAUCUCUAUCUCCUAUGACCGUAUGUAAAUUUAAUCGCUUAUAAUUUCCUUUAAAGAUCGAUCGCAUUUCAGAAAAUUAAAAACAUUACCGGUCAUUCCCUUGUCUAGAUCUUUGUCUAAAGACCAGCUGCGUGAGUUGUGGGAGGCCCUUAGGAAAAACGAUGUUCACGGAUUGCAAAAAUUCGAGGAGUUUCUGACGAAAGUUUCCGGAGAGUUAAGACGAGCGAAAAUGGAUUCUGAACAACUGGAAUCUGCUCUGAAAAGGUAUGCUAAUUACUUGAAAUAAAAUAGAAUAUGUUCAUCAUUAAACGGCCUUGUCAGUGUUUUCUCGUCUCAUCUCGAAGCAAUUAUUUGAGUACAUGGUUUACAGGAAAAUUUAGUAAUAUCAUUGUUUCGUCUAGAGUGUAUUAUUGUUCUUUUCUUGUGAUAAUAGGGUAUUUAAUCAUAAACUUCUUUACUUGUAAACCUGGGUUCUCUGUAAUGAUCUUCAUUACCCUGCAUAUAUUGCCAUAAAAAUCCUGGAAAUAAAUUGCAUUUGGUUUCCAUAAAAUCACUUUGACUCCUGCAAAAUUCCUGUGUCCUAAAACAAACAGUGUAAAUGUGCAUUAAGCCUCCAAAAUUAACAGUGCUUUUUCUUUGUUCUGUCAAAGAUGUGUAAAAAACAUUUGCUAGUGCAUUGCUAACAUCUGCUAGUGACCAAACAGAUUUGCACAGUUAGGAUUAGAAUUCAAUCACUUGUUUUGCUCUGAGUUAAGAAAUUUUGUAAACAACACUGGUACUGUGACAUUUUUUUUUCACAGUCAAACCAGGUCAAGCAUACCCAGAUCAAGCAUAACCCUGUCCCCAUAGUUUGUAGUAAUGAACUGAUUAUUUGAAAAGUGAAUCUAAAGAGAAACAUUUUCUUAUCCACUUGUCGUUUGGACAAGCAGUAUAUUAAAUUUUGUUGCCCGAAACCUAAGAGUACUUGACUGUCCAAAAAGUCGUGCUCAAAACUUGAAAGUCAAAAACAAAUGGGGCAUUUAAUCGCAUUAUUAGCCUUGUAAAUUGUUCUUGACUUAAACCUUGCUUUUAUGGCUAAUAGCAUAAAUUUAAAUUCUACUUUAAUUUGAAGUCAAUUUUCAACUGUUCCUGUAUUUUUUCUUAUUAAAAAUGAGCUUGUUCCACAGACAAGUCAUGCCAAAGGUUUACAUGUUUGAACUAAAUUUCUACCUGUCCUGGACAAUCGGACAUAGGUUUUGGUACACCCAGUCCUUGCCAUAUCUAGUGUCAAAUUCAAAUCUGCAACAUUCCUGUAUGCGUAAUAUAAGGAAUGAAUGUUUGAAUUCUGUUCGGUCAGAUAGAAAUAUAAAAUGUCCUGAUUGAAAAAUAAAAUUCUCAGAGUCAAGAAAUUUUGCAAACAACAAACAAAACUGGUACUGUAAUAUAUUUAGUUUCUUUUACAGUCAAACCAGGGCAAGGAUACCCAGUUCAAGCAUAACCCUUUCCCCAUAGAUUGUAGUAAUUGAAUUGAUUAUUUGAAAAAUGAAUCAGUGACUGUUUUACUCCUUCCCAUAUCUAGUGUCAACUUUAAAUCUGCUGCAUUCCUGUAUACAUACAAUGAGGAGUGAACUUUUGACUUCUUUUUGGUCAGAUUGAAAAAUAAAAUGUCUGAAUGGGUGAAAAUGCCUUGCAGACAUUCAAGCAAAUUCAAAAAAACUGAUUUGGCAGAAUUUUCAUAACCACCUCACAUUUAAAUUCACUGCUCAUAAAGCAUGCAGGAAUGCGAAGUUGAAUCUGAAAUCUACAACUACAGAACUAAUUGAUUGAACUUUCAAAUAAUCAUUUCAUUCAUAGAAUUUUGAGGGGGAUGCUUAACCCAGCAGGAUUGAAAAAAAAAACACACUUUAUAACUGUAUUUAAGGAUCCCCGUCCCCCCCCCCUGCGACUGACCAUCCCCACCUUACUAUCAAUACUUGUCAUCAUUAGUGUUACUGUCGCUCCCUCAAUUUUGUUUCUCCAAUAUCAUAAGCAAAUUCCCAUGCAGUUAAUACCUACCUCAUAUCACAUGUGAUAGUGAAGCAUAAUUUGUCGGAAAAACAGAACUCAACUUAACUGUCAUUCCUGUCUUUUCUCAUGGAGAAUAGCCCCACAGCAGUGCUAUGUUUUGAUUUUAAUUUGGUUGCUUGGUAAAGAAGUGUUUGCAUGUACAUGGGAGGAAAAUUUGGGGUGUCCAUUCAAAAGCUGGACAUUUUAAUAAAAAUGUUUGUUUCCAGCCACAUUUUUGUUGUCUGAUAUUUCCGUCAGUUAAAUCAGCCACUCAAGUUAUCAAGUGCAGUAAUCUGCAAAAAUUUGUAGGGGAAAGGUAUGUGAUAGAAAUCUCUUGAGGAACAUAAAGUGCUCAUUUUAGAGGAUUGAUUGCCAAUGUGGAACACAUUUCUACAGAAGAAAAAACGUUUUAGUUCAUAUUAAUGACAUAUUUUAACUUUGCUGCGAUAUAACUAAUGUAUACAUUGUAGCCAGAACAGUGUGAUCCUAUUAGUCCGGAGGAUGGGAACUCGCAGCAAUAGUGGGAAGGAAGAACAUGGUCCUUGCACACCCAAGUUUUCCCUUUUCCCCCACCCCACCCUUGAGAGUGCAUGCCACACCUGAAGUCUGAAGUGUCACCUGUCUCUUCAUUCCCCCCACCCCAUCUCCCAAUGAGCAGCCACUGGCUAGAGAGACCUGGCCUCCCAUCAUAGGUGGUGAGGAGACGGCUGUCACAUUAGACUAGCCACACUGGCCAUGAUUUUAUAAUUCGCAAUAAGCAGUCCUUGAGACCUAAUCAGUUGUCAGGUUUUAGACUAGACACAGUCUGCAAUUAAUGGUGUUAGUGGUUUAUUCGGCACUCGCAUUACCUCCUUUACUGUGUUACCCUGCCUAGCAAGUGCUUAGAAGUUAUGGGUGAGAGAGAACGGGGCGCGCGAAGGAGAAACGACUGUCCCCCUCGCGCGCGCCCCGUUCUUUCUUGCGCCCAUAUAACAGUACUUCCAAGCGCCAGCUAGGGAGGCUAUCACUAGGUUUAAAGAUGCCUUAAUAAAGAAUCCAAACACUCAAGAAGUGCUAAUGAUAUCUGGUUUACAUUAGGUACUCUUGUUUACGUAAAUAUACUAAAAAGUAAAUGCACUGUCUUAUCUGGCUCUGUUUGGCUAACUGAUGAUAUGUGAUUCAAAACAGCAGAAGUACUGAUAAUUGAGGAACUGAAAGGGUAUUUGCGGGAUCCGAGAUUUGAGCAAACGACAGGCGGGAUUCGGGAAAUGUUACGGGCAUACGGGAUUUGACUGCUACCCGGGAAGCGGGAUUCGCCAAAACUUGGGCGCGGAUACAGGAUUGGCAAAAAAAAAACCGAUUCGGGAUAGCGAUGGAAGAAGUUCCGUAUUCGGGAUUCUUGUCAAAAAGGAGCUGUCAUGCGGGAUAAGGAUCCUUGUUUCCAGACCCUAAUAAUUAUGAAGUCACUUAGUGUUUUAAAACAGACACGGUGAGGGAGAAAUGCGAACAGCCUGACCAAAUAAGGUAGUAAUAUCGAUUAAGUUUUGUUUUAAUUUAUUUCAGCAAAACAUAUUCUCACGAUAAAGAAGUGCAAAGGUUAUAUGAGGAGAUGGAACAGCAAAUAAGAGCGGAGAAAGAGAGAAUACAUAACGAGGUAAGUUAAUUGAUUAUGGAUUUCUUCAACCUGAAUUGUAAUAAUCCAACAUGGAACACGCAUUUAAUGAUCAAAAAUCUCAAACAGCUUUGGGGCUGAGCCUGCGUAGCUGGUGGUUUGUUUGGCAAGAGGGCCAUAAUCUAAUUCGGCUUUUAGGAGUCGUCCGCCAAUUCUGAGGAUUCCCUUGCUGUCUAAGAAGGGGUCCAGUUUGUAGAGAAAAAAAACGCUGGCUCAAGGGUUGACUGCUGCGCACAUGGCUUGGGUAUUCUUGAUGACAUUGAUUGCUUUAGCUGGUGUGGCGAAAGAUUUCAACCCGUCAUCUACGUAGAAGUCGUUCUUCAAAGAAGUCUGCGGCCUCAUUGCCAAACUGUUCUCUGCCGGCUUCUGCUGUCAUUCUGAGACCGAAAUUAGCAACUCCUGGGAGGAGACUGCCCCGGAAAAAGGUGGACGUUCAUGCUGUACUCUACGAUUUGACUCUCUAAGUUGUUAUCCUUGAACCACAGAAAUCGUAGAAAGUCUCUGUGUUCCGGGCUGACGUGAAAACUAUGAAACAUCUGUUCAAUGUCGCAUGUCACUGCUGUCUCUUCCUUUCGAAACCGCGAGAGCACACCAACGAGGGGCAUUCAUCAUGUCAGGGCCCUGUAGCAGAUGUUUGUUGAGAGACUCGUUGUGGAAGAUGGCACUGCAGUCGAAAACGAUUCUAAUUUGGUCAGGUUUCUUGGGGUGAUAAAUGUCAAAAUGAGGCAAGUACCACACCUUUCCUGUGGCAGUCUUGAGUUGAUCUGAUGGGACGAGACUGGCGUGGUUCUUGUUAAACAUUUUCUGCAUGAACUCAGUAUAUUGCUUCAAAACCUUGCCAUUCUUGAGAAGUUUUCUUUUUAUGCCUAGUAGCCUGUUUAGGCAUUGUUCUCGGUUGUUCGGCAGACUCAACUUGUCUGUCCUCAGUGGUAGCGGCAUUUCCCAAUUGCCCAGUUCAUUUGUAUGGAUGCUUGUGGUAAGAAGAUCAUUGAAACGUCUGUCCCUCGACAGACUCGGUGUUCUCAGUGCCUCGGAUGGUUCGGCUAUGAUGUAGUUCACUGUAAUCCAUUGCAUCAUUUCUCUUAUCUGCUGGGGCGUAGUGACAUCCUUAGAUUGAUGUUUGGAAGCGAAAAGAGGCUACGGCCUCUUCUCUGGAACUGUUGCUCGUUGGAACAUUGAAGAGGUUGUGAGAAUCUUCUCGUCGUACGGUGAUGCGGUUAACUGUUGCACAAGCCGUACUGUCUUGUUGGUUGUCUAGACAAACUGGACCGAUGAUCGUCCAGCCGAACUUGUACUCUUCAGCCCACGGCUCAUUGUCUUUGCCGUAUAUAACGUGUAAUGGCUGAAAGGCAGAUGGGAUGUUACGACCGAUUAACAAUCCUAUCUCUACUCCGGGAUGAUAGUGGAUGUGGUGGGCGAUCUCCUUAAGGUGCGGCCAGAGUUGGGCAAUGUUGGGCGUGGCGAUGUCCUGAUGGCUAGCUGGAAUUUUCUCUUGUGAGUAUGCAAACGGAAUCUAAUAGAAUUGUGUCGACUGUCUGUGUCCUUGAUGUGCAAUCCGUUUACUUUCUGAGUACGCACAGUGUUCACGCCCGCAAUCGUACUGAUAUUGAGGUUAACUUCUGGCCUUUGACCUGCAACUGGUCGAGAAGAGUGUCUGUGAUGAAGACAUCUGUUGACUGGUCAUCCAGAACUGCAUAGGUCAGCAUCCUUGCUGAAGGGUUGUCUUGAUGGAAGACUUCGACGAGAACUAUUCUAGCGCAUGAACGAGCAGAAUGCCCUUGAUUGCAGACUCGUGAGCAAGCAGACCUCGCUUCACUGGCAUUAAUCACUUUGUGCCUGGAUGGGUCAUGCAGUACAGUGGCAUGUUUCUGUCGGCAUAUCUUGCAAUCUAGCCUGUCUUGUUCGCAGUCUCUGGCAACAUGUUUGUUGGAAUUAACACACUUGAGACAGACUUUGUUUUUCAUUAGGAAAUCUCUGCGUUCUUCGUAUCCUAAUUUCUGAAACUGUUCGCAAUCGUUCAUGCUAUGAGACUUCAUCUUGUGAUAGAAGCAAUACGUGUUAGCCAGUAGCUUUGGUAGUGUCCGGUUGCUGAGCAUGGGUUGAAAGCACAUUGGAGAUUUCUAUUGGUUCUUCGUGAUUAGCAUUUGUCUCGCCAUUGUUACUGGGGGUGAAGUGGAGGUCAGAUUAACAGCUGGAGGACGCAGGCGGGGUUGGCGGUUCAAAGGUUUGAAACGGUCUGUCUGUGGUGUACCACUUGAACCUGAAGCUUGAACAAUUUGAGGUAAAGCUGGUGGUUUGUUUGGCAAGAGGGAAAAAACGCUGGCAAAACGCGCACGAAGUUUUUCGUGAUAUCUGGGGCGGAUCCAGGAAUUUUUGAUGGGUGGGGGGGGGGUCCAAAGUUUGGUUCAGAAAGGACUGUUGAACUCUUUUGUGGUAAAUAACUCCCCCACCCAUAACGCCCACACCCCCUCCCACCAGUCGCGGUUGCACGUUAUAAUUCCUUGGCCCCUUACCGCGUUACAUUAAAAAAAUCAACCAGUUAAAAAGCGAUACACGAUCCUGUCGAUGUAACAAUUUGAGUUUCAAACAAGCGUCAGUUCUGAUAGGGGGGUGUGGAGCCCCCGCACCCUCCCUCUGGAUCUGCCACUGUCUGCGUUACUCUUGUAGUGGCUUCGCGCGCGUUUUUGCAGCUUUUUUUCUCUCUCUUGCCUAACAAACAGCCUAGGUUUCCAUAUGUCCUUCGUUUAGAUGGUAGCGGCUAUGUAACCGUGACGGUUAAUUCGCCGCACUGAAUUGAGUAAAAACGCGACGAUUCGUAGAAUCUGGGUUUGUUUAAGUUGACAAGGUGCCUAGUAAUACGGAAAUUUUAAUUUGGGACAGGGCGAGUCGUCCCUCCUAGUCUUAUGGAAAAAAGGUGUGAACAUGUAAAAAGUGCGUUCAGAAUGACUGCAGUGGUAUUUUUUGUGUUUUUAGCAAGUAAAGCGCGAGAAGGCUCUCAAGGAUGAGUUAGUUAGAGAACUGGAAAGCAAGGAACUAGAGAUGCAACUUCUCUUGCAGAAACAAAAAUCGGUCAGUCAUUUAUAGUUCACAUUUACAUUGCAAUGUCUACCUUAAUUCUACACGUACUUUAUUUUCUCUUCUAGAGCUGCUAUAAUAAAUAGAAAUAACGAUAUUUACAUGAGGUGAAAGUCUUUCCUGCUUCUAUGGCAGCGAUAUACGUAUGUAUCUUGCAUUUUUCGCGCCAAGCGGCGUUUAAACCUCAGCCAAUCAGAACUCAAAACGAUCAGUAUGCAGUCAGUGCUAACUAAAUAUAAGCCAAUACGGUCAUUUAGACUAAUUGUUUCUAAAACAAAACAAAAAAGCAUGAAUAUCGUCCCUGUCCGCUUGCAACAUUUCCAGUUACUUUAAAUAUACAAUUAUACUUGGUCCUGGCUAGUUCACAUCCAAGCGGCCUACCGCUUAGGAGACUAGUGGCAAACGCAGCACGAUUCGGCAAAUAAGAAAUAGGGUGCUCCCUUUUCCGUAUUACCUUUUCCUAAGCGAAUUAAGUUUUUAGGCAUACCCUGUUUUUUUUCUGUUUUUUAGCUGGAGGAAGAAAUUCAGAAGAAAUCUAAUAUGGAACAAGACAUAAAAACUGAGAACGAAAAACUCUAUCAGGUUUGUAGCAAGGCUAUGAUGAGAGCCAAAAUAAUUCCGAGAUCAUUUAUGACCUUUUUGAGUGUUUUUUAAAGUUUACUUCGCAGACGAAAAGUUGCGAUGAUUGUGGCAGCCGAGAUCUACGAUGUAGCGUUUUUUUCGCAUGUUAAUAGCCAAUUCUAACAAUUCUCAAGAUGGAUGUUGAGAGUCACCAACAAGUCAGUGUAGUUAUACAGUACCGGCUAUGUGACAGACUAAGUGGAGAUGCAUUUAUAUUGCGGAAAGAUAGUAAGAUAGAUACGGUUUAUAACCCGGUAAAACAGAGUGGUUGCAGCAGGUGUUUAAUUGUGAGACGUUUACGCCGGUUUAUCGACUUUUCAUUGACCUUCAUUCUCCUUCCCUCCCAAGUCGCUUACAAGAUGCUUGUUUCACGAAUUUUAUAUUGCCAUGCAAACAUACCCUUUAACACUGUCUUGUGUUUGCCUUUUUCCCUUAAGAAAACUGCUCAUCUUGAAGAGAUGUUAAGCAAUUCUGUAAGUUCCUUAGAAGACACUAAAAGUUAUGUGAACCAACUACAAGCUCAAACGGCCAUGGAAAAGAAGGAGAGAGCGAGGUAG